AUGUCUGACAGUGCUGUUGGCCCAAACAGCAAGCUGAAAGAUGUGUCCGAAAUGGUAUGGUACAACGAUGCAGAUGAUGAUCAGCCUAUCCCCUCCUCAUCAACAAUCCACCCAUUCUUCACUGGUGCUGCUCCCCCUGCGGCUAUCAUAGCUGGUGCUCAUCGUUCUACUUGCGCACCUCGCCCUCCAACAAGGAUUCUCGAUCCUGACAAUGUUGCAUCAUCCAGUACUGCGCAAGAUAUUGGUGGUACUGAUCUUGAUGCAGUAGGUGGUGACACCGAAGCUGAGGAUGAUGUCGAGCAUGAAUAUGCAUCCACAAAAGCUAUGGGAGAUGCAGACCAUAAGACCCACAUACUGGGCUUGUUGAGUCAGGACAUGUGUGCACAGUCUGCCAAAAGAAUGGUGUUGCCGCUAGACAAUGCAUCUUCAAGAGCAGCAUGUCAACCCUCUGUACUCAUAUCUCAAGGCAAGUUUUCUGCAUCAGUGAUCAAUGUAUUCACGCUAACGACAGAAUACAGGCAUCCCGACCAUAUCAAGAUUUAUGAAGAAAAUUGCAAGAAAUUGGACAUUCCCUUGAACAAAAGGGCGUGUCCAAAGUCUGAUACGACUGAAACCCUCAACAGUCAAUGA